UCCAUAGGCACCCAAGCUAACGCCUGAUCUAGAGGGAUCGAUGGGCCCAAUCGCCACGCUGAUUCGUGGACCUGACUAGUCGUAUCAGUUCCCAACCUUCUCCCGCCCGCGGCUUCGGCGUCACGCUGGGUCGAUUGAUGGGAUGCCCGUAGCCAACUACCUGAUCGGGUACCUGAACCGACACGGUGAUGAAUCAUGGCGGCUGGUUGAGGAUCGUCGACUCAGGUCACUGUGAUUCGAGCCGUGUCUCUUUUUUUCUUAUAAAUUGACGGCUCUACCUCCCCUGAGAUCUCAAGCUACAAGCUACCAUCGAUUUUCCUGAACAGUGCAUCACUCUAUAUCUCCAAUUCUACGUUCUAUCCUACAAUACAAUCUACAAUGAAGCUCUCCACUGGACUCACCUUCGCCGGCAUCAUCGGCUGCGCCGCUGCCCUGCCCCCUCCGUUUGACUUCCUGCCGGAUCCUCCUGCUCUCAGCAGCAUCCCCUGCAGCACCCCGAGCGUGAGCCCGACUCCUACUCCCUCGGCUGUCUUCGCCCGCGACUGGGCCGUCGAGGUCUCCAGCUCGGCCACUCCCUCCACUCCCUGCAGCAGCUCGGCCAUUCCCUCCUCCACUCCCUGCAGCAACUCGGGCAUCCCGACCCUGACGCCCGCGCCUCUCUUCAAGCGCCAGGAGGCCGCUUCUUCUUCCACCGCGACCCCCUCCAGCUCCGCUACUCCCUCCAGCUCGGCCACCCCCUCCAGCUCCGCCCUGCCGUUCGCGCUCUAAGCUAUGAAUGAGACUUGAGAUCAAUACCGGGGGCUGCUCUUCGCCGGCCGAGACCUGCAGCAGCCUGGCCUACUCCUAUCAUGGGCGGUUUUCAUAUGUUUUUUCUUUUUGUUACCACUCAGAUCUACGCUGCGCUGUCUUGACGAUGGCGAGUGACGGACUGUUGAAGUGACAUUGGGUUAUAUAGACUGGACUGGGUCAUUUUCCGGUGCGAAAUCGGGAGUUUGUUUCAACACGAUCUUUUUCAUCUUUUCUUUAUUCUUUCGC